GAGUAAUUUGACUGGAAACGAGCGAGAUUCCUCAAUCACAUCACUAUUAUGCAGCGUAUUGAAACUGAACUGAACGAAUUCUUGAAGAUCAAGAAUUGCUCGUAGUUGUGUACAUUAGUAUUUGUAUGGUGUCUUCAUUACAAAUUAGAUUAAAAGUGAAGAUAUUACAACAGUGAAAAACCGUAUACCUUCUUACAAUGUUAGAAAAGAGCUGACGUAAUGAAACACAAAUUUGAUUACUAAAAGUCAUGUUUUGCUUUUCUACCAUUGCUUUCGAAUAAUUUCGUAACACUAUAAUAAAUGGGCUUUUAAACACAAGAAUGUACGGAAUAAACGGAUCCGAUUUUCCCCCUGUUACUGAGGAUACCUUUUGUAAAUAUGUGUUAUAUUACGAGAUAAACAAUUCGAGGGUCCGAAUCUGGGAUUUAAUAAUUUUGAUACCGAAUGCUUUAUUUGUGCUGUUCUUAGUGGUAAGAUUUAACAAGGCCCAGUUAAAAUUACGUGCUACCAGUAGUCCAAUAUUUUUGACGUUUUACUCGUUGGUGUGGGGCAAUGUGAUUAUCAGCUUAAUACGAUGUGGUGUUUCCAUGACCGUUAAUGCUUCUAUGCCAUUCGGUGGUCUGAUAGAUAAGAUCUUAUGGGUUACUGUGAGAUUUUUUCUUCUAGCAACAGAAAUGAGUGUAGUAAUAUUUGGAUUGGCUUUUGGGCAUAUGGACAGCCGAAGCAGUAUAAGAUAUGUUCUUUUGGCUACAUCACUUAUAUCACUUGCCUUUACAAUCACUCAAGGAACACUAGAAAUUGUAAUGCCCGAUGACAUAUUCCACAUUGAUACCAGAGACUAUGAUCUGUUUGGACAUGGUGGAAUGCUGUUCUGGUUUACAUCAUCAUUGGUGUUUGCAAUCAUUUACUUCAUAAUUCUCUUGCUACCAUGGAUUCCUCUCCGGGAAUAUUUAGCUUUACCAACGAAACUCUCAUUUUAUUUAUAUAUACUUCUACUGGCAUUAUUGGACACCACUCAAGCAGUUGGUGCGGGACUCCUGGCAUGGGGCUCCAUGCAGUGCGGACUGUGUGUUGUUGAUGUCACCACUUGGCUCUAUUUCUCACUUUACACUCCGUUAGUUUAUCACACAUUCCUCAGCGAAUUUUUCAGUGUGUCACAGCCUAGCAUUAUGUUCUCCUACAAGGCUCAAAUGGACGAGCCCAUGGAAGAUGAUCAGGUCUCGUUACCACAUCAGCAGAGCUUCAGUUCGCUCAAGACAGAUUCUGAUUAUAUCUAUCAGCAGAGUAACAGUGUAUACGAUAGUACUCUAUUUGAAGCAGGAGGAACAACACCGAUGAAUCCAGUUUACAGUGCAUCACUGCAAAGCCCCGAUUCCAUAGUUUCUGGACAAUCGAUAGAAAUUGGUGCCCCAACUGCGUUCCAUACCCAACAUAUACCAUCAACAUAACAAUAAAACAAAGGUAUUCGAAAACUUCAUACAUCCAAAGAAAAACAUAACUAAUUUUAGAAUUUAACAUCGACAAAUCAAGCAAUAUUCAAGGAAACAUUUAAAUACAUAGAUAUGGGUAAAUUGUAACAAUUAUUGUUAAUUUUAAGCUAAUCAUAUAAGAUUUAUGUUAUGGUUUGUACCAAAAAUUAUCUUUGAAUUGAACCAUGAAAAGAUAGACCAUUUUUUUAUAUGAACAAAUUUUCCUUACAGAAUUUCUACAUUCUUGACUAACUGAAAUUAAGGUUUGUAGAUGGAAUAAAUUGAGAUGGAUUAGGGUAGAAAAUGUAUUAACUAGAUUUAUGUUUUGAUUUAUGAGUUUAUGAAAAAUGUUCUUAAAAAAUAAAUUUCCCUUGUAAAAAUUAUAGGAAUGAUAGACGUUCGUUAUUAUUUGGCAAUCUGUCUGCAGACUUUCACCGUAAAUAAUAUAUGAAUGACGAAAGUUAAUUUCUUAUCUAUGUAUUUAAAUGUAUGAUGAAAGCAUUAUUUGCUUGUCUUAUAUAGUCUAUAGUUAAGGUAAUCUUCGAACGAAUUACAUCCAAUGCGUAUAUUGAAAUAAUUUUUUUGCACCUCAAUUUCAAAUAGUUUUUAUGUGAUAGCACCAGUGAUCAACUAACUUGAGACUGUACAUCAUUUCUGCUUUAAUAUAGUGCAAUGGAUCCAUCCAUUAAGAUUCAUAUUAGGGUAAAGCUGUAACAGCUAUCUAUAUUUGUAAAUAGAAAGAUAGCUGUACUGUUUAUUACUUUUUUUUUAACUGAACCCAUUUAAGUAUUAUGGAUUUGGGUUGGGUCCUAUGUGGUAUCAUUAUCAUUAUAACAUUCACCAAUAAUUAAUUUGAUCAAAGUUAGGAUAUGUAGAUCUGGAUUACUGACUAUUCGGAACGUAUAUAGAACGAAUUACACGGAUCUGUCAUGUGUGUAUUUUUUUGUGCCUAACCGCGAUAACAGCACUACCUCCAUUCGGCCAGAUAAGAUUUAUAGUCUAUCAACAAUAUUGUUUAAAGAAAAAUUAGAAUGAUGCUGGAAAAAGGUAACUUCAAUUACCAUACAGAUUACAAUUAUGUCUACAUUUCUUUAGUUUGGUCACUGUAUAUUCGUGUAUUGUAAACAAUUUAAUAUUUCUUGUAAUAGCUAAAUAAUUAAUCCACGUGUUUUGGUUAAUUUAUGUUUUUAAUAAUAAACUAAACACUAUUUCUCCCGAAAAUAUUUUAUUGAGGUUAUGUCGAUUAAAAUAGUUUGUAAACCAUUGUAUAUGUAUACAGUAUUUAUUGAAAUCAAUAAUAAUUAUGAAAUCUAUAAAGUUACACACGUGUGUUACUGACGAAAGUUUUUUGCAUUAUGUAAUUACGGUCAUCCAUGUUGCGACCAAACGUCAAUUGUCAUCUGUCAAUGUCGUUUAUUUUUUUCCGUUAUUUAAUUAUAUUCAAAAUAAAUAAUUAAUUAUGUUGGUAACGUACAUUUUUAACGAAUCAAUGAAAUAUAAUUUUACUGGUUAAUAAAAUUGUGUGGAUUUUCUGAAAAAAAAAAGAAACGUAUUAGAA